AUGAUUUUGAACAAAAUGUUAUCUGUUCCAGGUUUGGCCUUGCAAAUACAGUGUUACCAGUGUGAGGAGUUCCAGCUAAAUAAUGACUGCUCUUCUCCAGAGUUCAUCGUGAAUUGUACAGUGAAUGUUCAAGAUAUGUGUCAGAAAGAAGUAAUGGAAAAAAGUUUUGGAAUCAUGUACCGCAAGUCCUGCGCGUCUUCAGCCGCGUGUCUGAUCGCCUCUGCUGGGUACCAGUCCUUCUGUUCUCCAGGGAAGGUGAACUCUGUUUGCAUCAGCUGUUGCAACACUCCGCUCUGCAAUGGACCCCGGCCGAAAAAGAGGGGGAAUUCUGGUGUGGUGCCAAGGGCACAAGUGAUGACCACUGUUCUGCUUCUUAAAUUUACUCUGUUGUUUUUGUAUUGCUAAACUUCAAGCAAGUUUGGUGGUUUGUUUUUUGGUUUUUUUUUGCCCCGACACAAUUCAUUCUGUCUCCUCCUUUCUUCAAAGACACUGCAAUUAUUUUCUGUUUGUUUCCAAAUCCCUGUCAACAGCGAGGGAAGUUCAGUGGUUGUGUGGAGAGAGGGGCUGAUAUUUUUGGCAGCUAAUGAGUUCAGUUAGCAGAUUGAAUUUCCAGUGUGCACUUAAAAAUCCCAGCAGGAUACAGAACUCCUGCUCUUUUUGCAUAACUGGAAACAAACCCAUCUGUGUUAUUCCUUUUGAGAUGUAGUCACUUUCCUGGGUCAUUUUAAUUUCCGUGUUUUUUUAAGUUCAUUGCUAAUCAUUAACUUUGCCUUAUGAAGUCAUACUUGAUGUUCACAAAGGCCGUUCUGUGCGUCUGGACCAUGCUCUGAGCUAGUCUCGAGGGGCACUGCUUCCAGGCUGGGCUCUGGUGAUUCAGGACCUGGCUUCUGUGGACUGCAGUCAGGCGUGGGCUCCUUCUGGA